AUGAGUCCCCAUUUCGAACGUCCCAACCAGACCAAUUUGGUCGAGGCACAGGAAGCUGCGCCUGAGCUUCCAUCAGUGUCAUGGACCAAGUCACCCAAUAUGCGAAAGCUCUACUUUUACUGCAUCAUUCUUUGCGUCUGCUCGGCCACCACCGGUUAUGAUGGAUCUCUCAUGAACACUUCUCAGCUCCUCGACUCCUGGAAGGUGACGAUGGGUCACCCUACGGAGGAUACGUUGGGUCGUCUCAGCGCCAUGUACUCGAUCGGUUCCAUCGUCUCUCUCCCCAUCGUACCUUGGCUCAGCGAUAAAUUUGGGCGCAAAACCCCCAUCACUGUUGGUUGCAUCGUCAUGGUCAUUGCUGCCGCCGUUCAGACCGCCUCUAUGAGCCGCCCACAGUAUGAGGGCGCCCGUUUCUUCAUGGGGUUUGGCAACUCCAUGGCUCAACUUUCCUGCCCUAUGCUUAUUACCGAAAUCGCGCAUCCUCAGCAUAGAGCCAGGAUCACCACCAUCUACAAUUGCUUGUGGAAUCUUGGUGCCCUGAUCUGUGGUUGGUUGGCUUUUGGCACACAGCACAUCAACAGCACCUGGUCCUGGAGAAUCCCGACACUCAUUCAAGGUAUCUUCUCCGUCAUCCAGCUCGUAUUCAUCUUCUGGAUUCCUGAGUCCCCACGUUGGCUGCUGUCCAAGGACAGAAACGACGAGGCGCUCCACAUGCUCUCCCACUACCACGCUGACGGUAAUGAUAGCGACGCCACUGUCAUGUUUGAGUAUGCUGAAAUGAAGGAGACUAUCCGUAUAGAGUUCUUGCACCAGAAGACCUCCUCAUACAUGGAUUUCAUCAAGACUAAGGGUAACCGCAAGCGGCUACUGAUUAUCAUCUCACUCGGACUCUUUUCUCAGUGGUCUGGCAAUGCUCUCGUCAGCUACUAUGCUGGUAUUAUCUAUGAAGGUGCCGGUAUCACUAGCCAGACUGACAAGCUGGGUUUGGACGCAGGAAACAAGGUCCUCUCUCUGUUCGUCUCCAUCUCAUGCGCCUUGUUGGUCGACCGUGUUGGCAGACGCCCGCUUUUCCUCGCUGCCACCGCCGGUAUGCUUGUUUUCUUGAUUUGCGCCACUAUCACUGGUCAGCAAUAUGCCCUGAAGGAUAAAAUUGCCGUUGGCUACAUCAAUAUUGUCUUUGUCUGGCUGCACGGUGUCUCUUACUCUCUGGCAUGGUCUGGUCUCCUGGUUGCCUACACUGUCGAGAUUCUGCCCUACAAGCUCCGCGCCAAGGGUGUGUUCAUUAUGAAUCUCUCUGUUCAAGUCGCUCUUACCAUCAACAACUACGUUAACCCCAUCCCCAUCUCCGAGGGUGGCGGCUGGUACAAGCAAAAUUGGAAACUGUUUGCCUGCUAUGCCGGCUGGGUUCUUCUCGAGUUGGUCUGGGUUUACUACUUCUAUGUCGAGACUCGUGGCCCAACUCUCGAGGAAAUUGCCCGCAUCUUUGACGGCAAAAACGCAGAGGUUGCUGACAUUGACAUCGAUGGCAAAGGCUUGAGCAACCGCUCUGACAGCACCAAAGAGGCUCACGUGCACGUGGAGAAGACAUAA